AAUUAAAAGGACUACCACAUUAGAGAGAGAAAGAGAGGUGCAGACAUUGAGAUGGGGAUCAAAAUCUUUGCAUAUAUUUGCUUAUGUUAUUAGGGUUCAGACCCAUAACAAAGUAUCUUUUCUCUUUGGGUUUUCUCUUAAUUACACUUCUAAUAUAUAACUUCUCUUUGAUGAGACUUUCUUUCUCUUGGGUUCUUUCCUACAGCUGAAUUCUUUUGAGCUAAGUCAACUGAGAAAAGAGAAACUUUUUUGGACAUGUUAGAGAAGAUGGCUGAAGAAGCAAUCUUAAGUAAUGGUUUUGUUGAAAACCCAGUUGGUGGAUCUAAUCCUCCUGCUGUAAAGAAGAAGAGAAACCUCCCAGGAACCCCAGAUCCUGAAGCCGAAGUCAUAGCUUUGUCACCAAAAACUCUCAUGGCAACAAACAGAUUCUUGUGUGAAAUAUGUGGCAAAGGCUUCCAAAGAGAUCAGAAUCUUCAACUUCAUCGCCGUGGACACAACCUUCCAUGGAAGCUAAAGCAGAGGACUACUAAAGAAGUAAGAAAACGAGUCUACGUCUGCCCAGAAAAGACUUGUGUCCAUCACCACCCUUCUAGGGCUCUUGGAGACCUAACUGGUAUAAAGAAGCACUUCUGCAGAAAACAUGGGGAGAAGAAGUGGAAGUGCGAGAAGUGUUCAAAGAGAUACGCUGUGCAAUCUGAUUGGAAAGCUCACUCAAAAACCUGUGGCACGAGGGAGUACAAAUGUGAUUGUGGAACUCUAUUUUCUCGGAGAGAUAGCUUCAUCACUCACAGGGCCUUUUGUGAUGCCUUAGCUGAAGAAACAGCAAGACUAAAUGCAGCAGCUAACAUAAACAGCUUUGCUGCAGCUGCCACAAGCUUCAACUAUCAUCAGCUUAUGGGGUCUCCAAUAGGGCCUAACAUGGCUCAGCAUUUCUCGUCUAUUUUCAAGCCAAUCUCAACCAAUGACCAGACAAUGGACCAAACAAGAAGCGGACUCUCCUUGUGGGUGAGCCAAGGAUCUCAAGGUCAUCAUGAAGUAAUAGGCAACAAUAGUAUUCAAGAGAUUCACCAACUUGGGUCUAUGGGUUCAUCAUCAGGAGCAAUAUACUGUAACCCUCUUGUUUCAUCCUCAAAUCCUUCACCAUCUGACCAUUAUCAGUUAAAUUGGCCGGUUUUUGGGAACAAACUCUCUUCAAGCAAUGCACAUGAAGAGCUAAGAAGCACUAGUUCACUUCCAUUAAACAACGUUAAGGAAGCUACAGAAGUUCAACUAGUAAGUGUUCCUUCCUUAUAUAGCAACCAACAACAGUCGCAUCAAAUCACUUCAGUAGCAAACAUGUCAGCCACAGCUUUACUUCUAAAAGCUGCUCAGAUUGGUGCAACUUCAACUGACCCAUCAUUUCUCGGAAGUUUUGGGUUAAAGUGCAGUAGCAACAAUCAAGUUCAUCAAGAAGCUGGGAACAAGUUCUGCGGACUGUAUGGUUCAAACCCAAUAAGCACCGGCGCUAUAAAUCUCGCAUGUGAUAUGGAAAACUCAGCAGGGAAUGACGUUUCCAGCUUGAACGAGCUGCAAAUAUACCCAACAGCCAAACGCCAAAAAUUACAGAUCAGCGACCAUCAAGAUGGUGCAGCAGGAGGGCAAACAAGAGACUUUCUUGGAGUUGGUGCACAACAAGCCAUAUGCCACCCAUCAUCAAUCAACGGAUGGAUUUGAUUUAUGAUCAUAUGUUAUAAGAAUUGCAUGUGUCGCAUGUUUUCGAUCUCAAUAUAAAUUAAAAAUUGGCAAUAAUAAAGUGGGAGAUAAGAGAGGGCAAGCUAGAGAGAGAAAAAGAGAUAUGGAGAUCAUUUUAGUAAUGGGAAACUUUGCAGGAAGGAAAAGGUGGGCAUCGAGUGGCAUGAUGGGAGGCUAAAAGUUACAUGGUUAGAUAACCAUUGAAGAGGUGAAGAGGAGAGAUCCAUGCAUAUUCCUGUUAAGGUCGGAAAGCUGAUGCCUCUAAAAAUGGUGGCUUUUUUAAAUUUUUGAUAAAAGGGGAAGGGAGUAGUGGGGGGCAAAGUAUGAGUAACUUUUGAGCUCCAUUAUUGCAUUUGUUUCAUCUCUCUCUAUGUUGUGGUUGUUAUCUUGUCGAAAUAGGACUUGAAAGAAAGAGAGAAUAGUAAUUCCCAUUUUUUUCCCAA